GUACGGCAAGCCAAGUCACAAUCGAUCCCCGUUUCUUCAUCACAAGCAGAUGGUUUAACGAAAAAAUUGUACCGCCUUUCAAACGGUUUAGGUUAAUUUGGCCGCUAUGGCUGAAGUAAUGUAUGGGCUGGUCUCGGAGGCGCGAAAAAAUCGGUUUUCAGCCAUACCGAAACUGGCUGAAGAAGGUAACGUACACAGUCAAUUAUCAAGCCAAGGAGUCAAUUUGUUUGUUGGCUUUCCCGGUUUGUAUUGUUUCAUAGGGUACUUAACAUCUGUUGCUCUUUUAGAUAUCGUGAACGUAUGGGAUAAUGUGUCAAAGUUCAUCGAAAGGCAAAUGGCUCUGCAAAAGGUUGGUAAAUUCAGUAACAUUCGAAUUUUCCUUCUGCACGUGCAAUGGAAUACGAUUAAGCUUAUCUAACCCGCGAUCUUCGCGCCCAAUUUUUGGCUCAUUUGUUAGAUGAUUUCUCCUGGUCUGUUUGAAAACAUCUAUUUCUUUUUACCAUUCCCGGCAAAUAGUUUUAAAGCUUCAAGUGUGAAAGAUCAGCAUCUCAUAAUGUCGUCUUUGUAUAAGCUUAUAACAUAAGUGGUGUCUUGUGUGAUAAACACUGAUCGCAGUACUUAAUUUUUCCAACAGGGGGUGUGUGUUCCAGGGCUUGGAACUUUUACCUAUUCCCAGAAAAAGUUAGACGUCGGUAACAAUAAAUAUAUACAGAUCCAGAGACCUGUUUUCGUUCUGUCAGAGAAGUUUGCUAUGACUCAUGGCCUAAAUUACACCAAGCAUCACACUACAGGUAAAAGCUAACAAUAAGACAAUGGUUUACCUCAUAACUGUCGGCGAAGGUGUUACUGAAGUAUUAAAACCGUGUUGAAGGGCCGUUAAUAUUAAGCUAAAAGAAUUUUUUACAUCUAAAAAGAAAGGAAUGUCCGGCAGAAACUAACACUUGUAUUUGAACCUUGCCUGGGUCAUAUUACACUCAUGCAAUAUUUAAAAGGUAUAAAUAUACCUAUCAAAAAUGUAAAUAUAAAGGGAAAAAGUAAGUCAGUACAAAUUAGCAGAACUGUUAAAAGUUUUGAACCCAGAAGUUAUUUUAUAAGUAUAGUUGGAAAUUAUGAUCUUCCGGGUACCUAUUUUCAGGUGUAUGCUCCUUCCAAACAAUCAUAUUCCACCUGCUUAAAAAAAACUUAGUAACAACUUUAAUGAAGCAAAGGAUCUGAUCUUUGCAGCCUUGUAGCUGAAUGGACUACUAUGCUUAACUAAGCUCUUUGUUUACAUAAUUUAGUGUAGCUCAGGUGAUAUUUACAAAAUUUUAUUAUUAUUGGGAAAAAUUAAGGAUAGUAAGGAAAUGUAAGAGGAGUCUUGGAGUAACUGAGGGAAUAAAAGGCAGGAAAGAAAGGAAAAGAGAUAACAAGGACAGCGGGAAAAAUACCAUCUGGAAACUGCAGUUGCAGCAUCAGGCUGUGCUCUAGGCUAGCAGCAUGCAUCUGCUGUCCCCUGACUUACUCUUGCUCUCUCAUAACAAUCUUAGAGCAGCUGCCCUGAAUGCAUUGUAUUAAUUCUUUCACCCUCAAAUAAAUACUUGUACACUGUACUUAGGGAUUUGGCAUGCGUGACAUGUAGGUGAGCUGUAAUUAACCCAGGCAAUGUAUUAUGUAAUGAUGUAUUGCCAGUGUAUUAAUUUAAUUAUUAUUAUUUAUGCUAUAUCAUAUUGAUUUUAAUACCAACUUUGCAUAUUUUGUUGUUGCAGGUCAAAUUCCAAUAGUACAGCUCAAUUUUGCAGCACUAUCAAAUGAAACUCCAUUCAAUAGAGACACUGUAGAAAGUUGUGUUAAAGAGGUCCUACAAGCUUUGAGUCGAUCUGUGCAGGCUAAAAGAAAUGUGGAGUUUCACUUUGCAGGAAUUGGAAGGUUGUCAAUUAGAGAGUCCAAAGUUAAAAUGAAAUUUUACAAGGAAUUCUUAAGGAGUAUGGAUGGCUCUGGGAAUUUAGUUCAUGCAUUAUCCAAUGUAAGUACUGUUCUUGAUUGCAACACAUGCCAGGAUCAAUGAUCAAUGUGUCUGUUAGUUCUAUGAGUCCCAAGACUUACUUGGACUCACUGCUUUAUUUACUGGUUUCAUGGCAUCCUUCUCAGAGACAUGGAUGCAUAUUAUAGUCAAUUGAAUUCAAUAAAAGUGUACAAGGAGAAUAUGAUGUACCUGUAAGAGCCCUUUUUCAUUAAUCUCAAGCACAUACAACCUGCUGUUUCUCGAGAAUCCACACUGCUGGGGAUGUUUUGCCAGAUAGGGCCGUCUCAGUUUUGGCCUAAAACAUUACUCUUGACCUGCAGUUUGUGUUCUGUACAUUAGAGCAGGCACUUAUUUCCCAGGAAUGAUAUGUUUGGUUUACCUGAAGUAUUAUUUUUUUUGGCUUUGCUAGCACCAAAAUUGUAGCAAAUUAAGAAACAGAAGCUCAAGGAAAUAAAAUCUGGAACUAGAUGACUGCCAGCUUAAUUAUGUAACCAUUGAUUUACAUCACGAGUAUGGAAUUUGGGAGUUUAAAAUGCUAAGGUCUCUUUCAUGACAAGGAUCAAUGAGUGAGGCAGCUGUAUUUGCAGGAUAACUAUCCUUCAGUUCUCUAACCAAACCAGUUUCAGAAUACUUUGAAUUACCUGCUUCUGAAACUGGUUCAGUAUGAAAGAGUAUUAGUGCAGGGGCUGACUGACCUGUUUUUCAUGUAAACCGGCUUCAAUUACAACAAUUUGCCUUUAAAUAUCCUGUCCCAGUUAGCUACCCAGAGUGGGACUUCAGGUAUGGUGUUGGAGUUUAUACCAUAUGGCAAACUUUUCAUGGACGAUUUGUGAUGACGACAAUGUCUUUGUUGUUAUAUACUGUUUCCCCUGGCAACUAGCCUUGCUUUGGUUGCAUUCAAAGCCUAUUAAGGAAAAUGUUAAGGGUUCUCAUUGACAGUGCCUCAUCCAAUGUGUGGUUCCAUACUUCCCCCAUGGAAGGGAUUUUUCCUUAGACCUCCCCCACCUCUCUGGAAAUUCCAGUCAAGCUUCAUACAUUUAUGUAAAUUUUGGGGCCUUUGAGAACCCCCCACCCCCCAGAAAUUUCCAAUCCUUUCUGUGGGGGGAGUAUGGAUAUUUUCUGGAACUACACUGUCAAUUCAACUUAAAACCCUCUUUGAUACCAUAAAUACUCUUUAUACAGGUAAUAUUUACCAUAUAAAUAUGCAUGUUACUACUGAGCUCUAGUUUCUUGAUGUUACAUGUAGCACCAGUACAUGUACUUUGUAUUUUUUUCCAUGGUGGUCAUCAUAUUAUAAUAAGACAGACCCAGUUUAAGUCUUCUUAAAUUUUGCAGAGACCAGGAACAGCUGACUCAGUUCUAUCAGAGCCUGUCAGUCCAAGACUGCAUACAAGUAAUACCCUUGUCUUACCAAGGUAGGUAUAUAGCAAAUAUUAGUUUAGAUUUAUUAAGAAAUUUGUUCGAAAUUUCCACAUUAGACUGAAUUACGCACAGCACACACAUUAGACUGAAUUACGUGAAGAAAAAUUACUUUUUUUCACUUCUCUGUAAAAGAUCUUCUUAACUUUAGUAAAAACAGUAACGAUACGGGACCUACAUAGGUCCCGUAAAUUCACGUGCUAUUUUUCCCGUAAAAAGAGUUUUAUGCAACACCCGCAAUUUCUGUUGCAUAACCGACACUUAAGUGAACACUUACGAAAAUCGUAAGUGCAACCACUUAAGUGAAUUCCCUAAGUGGACCACUUAAGUGAUUUGAUGCAACUCGACGUCACUUAAGUUAUGAGUGGACGUACGUAUAUAUACCUGUAGUUGUUACGGGCGUUUUAUGCAACCGGGCCCAGGAAAUUGUCUAAGGUUUAGACUGAGAUUUGUAUUCUCAUAUUAUGUAACAAUUAAAAGGCCAUUUGACUUUUUAAAAUAAAGAAUUGUUGUCCUCUAUUCACUUUCAGAAUAAGUCCAGGAGAAGGAGGAAGUCCUAAAAGCCCAGCUAAAGAGGGUAUGCCUACCAUUACUGAACAGGACGAGGAGAACGACACUGGUAUAGCUGCAAGAGAAGAUGCUAUUAUCCCUGAUAAAGAAAAAACUGAAGCACAAAUUAUUGAGAAUCCUAAAGGUGAAGCGGGGUCUAUACCUGUUGUAGAACCUUUGAUGGGGGAACAGCAAGAUUUACCUUUGGAUGAGGAAGGUAAGUACAUGCUAGUACAUGUAUUACAUUAGAAGGUGUAAUGUAGUGGCUCAUUUAAUUUCCCUUUGAUUUUAGAAAUUUUUUCAAACCAUAUUGAUAAGUCAGUGUAAAAAUAAUAUAUAUUUAAUAAUAUAUUUACAAAAAGGGAAUGAAGAAAUAUUCACAGAUGGUGUUAUUUAUAUUAUCUUCCUCUCAUUAUAAUUAUUUAUCUUUGCUACGUUUAAAGUGUUGAUCAGAAAUUCAAACCAUAGUAAGCACCCAAAAUAGCGAAAGUUAGUCAUAUAAAAAAUAAAUUGAAGGUGCAUAGAAAAUGAUCUUUAUGCUGUAAUACAAUGACAUGUUACUGUAACUUCACCUCAUGUCAAGUUGCUUCCACCACAACUUCAGCAGACAGUAGACAAUUUAGAAGGAGAAUCUAUCAUGUUUUUUAAAAGUUGCUCCUAGGCACCCAUCAGUGAAUAAAUAUUAUAGGUUUCUGCUGAAAACACUUAAAAACAAUACAACACAGUGAAAGGUUUCUUGUUAUUCUUCAAGAAUCCAGGAGGCAUUUUUCAUAAUUUAUGUAGACUGUUAACAAGCUCUUUACAUCUCAGCAUGACGUUGUUUGGAAAGAACUAACAUUUAAAUAACUUUUCAGAAGGUUUCAUUGCUUGUCAACACUCCUACUGUUUACAUGAAAAUUAUCAUUGCAAAUAAAAAUUAAUCAACCAUAAGUUUGACUUUUAAAGUCUCUGAAACAAUCAAUAAUUAAUUAAGUGUAUCUGUAGAGUUUUGUCAUAGCAACUGUUACCAUGAGUGUAGAAGUCAAAGUUAUUUAAACAUUUUUGUAACUCUUAGUGCACACAGUGUAAUACUAUUCACCUGACGACGUUGUUCUUGUAUGUCUUGUAAAGUACCUGUACAAGGUUAAAAUCAUUGGCUCAUCAUGUUAUCUUAUGAAAAAAUACCUGUUCCAUGCACCUACGGCAAUUUUCACAGUACAUUUUCAAGAAUUUAUAACUUACUGGAUCAUCCAUCCAAAGACUAUUUUCAAAGCAAGUACAGUAGAUACAAUGGUAUUGUACUAAGUACAAAUGAAGGAGCUUCAAAGGACGAUGUUAACCACAACAAAAAAGAUCCAGGUACAGGUUGGUUGGUUUUACUCAGUGCUAAGUGAGAGUCCUGGGCAAAGUUAAGUGUUAACUUUUGCUGCAGGCAGAAUUAUAAUGUUAAGGUUAACCACUGCAGUAUGAUGCCAGUACUGUUGCUUUAAGAACCUUAAUAUGGAGACUGAAUGUGACAAAGAUUCACUUUAUACUGAUAACUCUUUCCAAGAUUUUUUUUUAAACUUAAGUCAAAUAUAUUGCACUGACUUUCCUGACAGGCAAAAACUGAAAGGACACUGGUAUAAAAGUAUUACUAUUGUCCUGUAAUAAAAAAGGUUUAUGUGGCAGCAUAUUACCGUUUGGUAUAUUAUGAUAUCUAAACUGAGAGAACAAAUUUUGACCCAUUCAAAUUUAUUUUGUUAAGCCUGGAUUUAGAUACUGUAAAUUACUGUAAGUUAUCCAUAUUAUGGUAAUAACUAAAAGAUUUAGUCUUAGAAAGGCAAGGUCCACUUAAGUGUUAAUGUUGUAAAAAAAAACAUUUACCACAAGUAAAAUCAGAUUAUUUCAUACUAUUGCCAAAUGAUAGCUGUAGAUCUUCUGAAAGUUUCAUAGCAAAGUUUCCAUAAAACCGAAAAGUUAAGUUAUGACAAAAAGUUUGUCAUACAGCCGUAGUUCAAUGCCCCUGUAUUAAUGAUGGAGCCACCUUAAUUUUGAUAACCAAUAUUUGAAGAUAGCUAAAAUUUGUUGUCAGCUUUCUUUUAAUUCUUCUCAUCUAAGAUUGUCACUAAGUUUAAGUUUUUACUCCCUGAUAGCCAGUUGUCUGCAAGCUUUAAAUUGAAGUUUCACCCAAACAAAUCCCAGGUGAAUAAGUAAUGAAAUUCUAUUAUUAGUGCUUUAUACCACAAGUUUUAGAAUCUUAAUUAAGCAAAGGAAACUUUUUUCCCAAAUGAAAAAAAAAAAGUACUGACUCUGAAUGUUUGGGCUAAUAAUUCUUCAACUCCAACUUCUUUAUAGAGCUAGCUUUUUCCAAAAACAAUAUUAUUCUCUUUUUUGAAUUGGUAUGAUUGUGUAUCCUUUAGUUUUCACCUCUCUGACGCAUUUAAAAUAGACAUGUUCUGUAAAUAAUUAAAUGCCUUUUAUAUCAACAAUAACAUGUAUACAAAGGUAUCUUGAACUCAGAUGGUGAUUUUCAUAAAUCAUGUACAUGUAUAUUGAUUUGAUGUAAGAAUAGUAAUCCACUGUGGUGAGGUCAUGUGAUACCCUUUGUGCAUUGCUAUAGGCAACACAAUGUUUAAGGGCACUUUAGCUGUAAAAAUUUUCAUCUCACUCCCCUUAUGUAACUUAAACAACAAUCGCAGAUGAUGGUAUAGUCCCAAGAUUUUCUUUCAAAUGGCUGCGGUUUACUUUAAUCAGAGUGUUUCAUUCCCUUCAUUGCCAAAGAAAAAGACUUUCAUAGAAGUUUCAAAGUUUACUAAAACUUGUAAGCAGGGAGUAAUUUUUCUAGACUGCAAGGAAUGGAUCACUUUCAGUUUUUCACCACUCAAGUCUCACUAUGUGAUUAGUACGUAAGUCUUUAUUUUUACCAAGAAAUAUUAAUUUUAUACCAGGUGUUGGUUCCAUGAUUACCUGUUUAUAUUACACUUUUUUAAUUUCAGAAAUAAGUUAUGAUAGUUACUUGCAACAAGCCUGUUGUUUAUGAAUUUUCCAUUUUAUAUAGCAUGAGUACUGGCAAUAAUAAUAUUUUCUGGUCACUUUUUUAAAUCACUGACUGAGCAGUUUGCUCUUUAAAUAAUUCCUAAAGUGAUUUCUUCUAAAUGUCUAGAUGUAACUCAUCUCAGUCAAGCUGUUAGAUACAUGUGCAUAAUUAAUACUACUUGUGGUUUUGAUACCAAAAUGAAGAAUGACAAGCAUUAUAUUUUUUUCUGCAUUAAAACAAGUGGUAAUUUUCGAAAAGAAAUGGAAUUUUUUGCGCAUGUUAAUACUGUUUAGGUAAUCAUAUCAUUGAGUUUUAUUUUAUCUACUAUCAAUCUUAGGUGUUGUAAUUACUAGUAAUAGGUGAAGCUGUCAAGAAACUUCAAAGCCUACUGAGUUUGGUCCUGUUCGGGGUCCUGUUUAGUCUACUACACAGCCGUUUUAGUGACGUCACGCAACGUUCCUCCCUAGCGUUGCGUGACGACACUAAAAACGGCUGUGUAGCAGACUAUGUCCUGUUAGAGAACUGUCCAUUGUAAUUCACUCUGUGGUUGAAAGUUAUGCUAACCAGUGUAUAAUAACAGGGAGCUAUAAGUAAUGAUGAGAACGAGAACGCCACAAAAAAGCAAUAGAAAAACAACAAAGAAAAACAACAAUUUUGAUAUUGCAUUGGCUUUUUUGUAUAUUUCUAAGCCGUCGUUGCACGAUCAAUACGUGAAACUGCCUAAUUACCCGUCUUGAUGAGGACGUGAACUCAAGAAAAAUAAUUUUCUAUUUCUCUCUUUAAAAUAUGAAAAAAAAUCUUUAUAAUUCAACUUCAGAAAAAAAUAUAUCAAAAUUUGACAAAAUAAACGACAAGGAAUCAGAGCGAUGAAUUUUGAAACAGCGUGAAGACGCCAUCGUCGUUGUCGUUGUUGCUUAAGCCCCCGGGGGGGUACUCCCAUAUAUGGGCUAUAUAGGUACGUGCCGCGGAAUAGGGUAUGGUUUUUGAAGUUCUCGGUCCAUUAUCUUUUUGGACCUUUUGUUUCUUGAUAUUGUAUUAUCUAAUACUGGAGUGUGAAAACGCCCGCCGGUUAUGAUUCAUAUUAUCUUAUUCUAGUAUUUUACCCUAUACAUCCAAUGUUACAGAGAAGAAAUAAAGUUUUCCUUUUCAUGCUAUUAAUAAUUUUGCUUUUUCCUUGAAUAGGGUGUCCUUUGAGCCUUAAAAAAGGUAUCAAUUUUGCAACUUAGUCCUUAAAAGGGUUGGUUCACUCGAACCCCUAUCCAAAAUUUUCAAAUUACCGCCCCCUAAAGCCUUUAACAUUAACUAAAGGUGUAAUAUACAGUGUUCUCAAUGCAGCUCUUCCCAAGAGUCCAUCAAGGCUUGCAACUGCUAAUGGUCCUCGAACUCCCUUUCAAACUGCUAAAGCCACAGGUGUAAUAUACAGUGUUCCUGAACGUACUUUGACGCCACCUCCACCAGCUCCAAGAAGCACCUUCAAGGCAACUCCCCCAAAAGGUAUCAGGGGAUCUACAGUGUCGAAGAAUGGUAAGACUCUUACCCAAGAUGCAAGGAGACGUGAACAGUCCCCUGGUGAACAAAAUCUGGACUCUCUUCAACCUCCAGUUUCUGCAUCUAGACUGUUAAGGUAAAGUGCAUGUCUCUUCUGCAUUCCUUUCAAAGUUGAAGCGUUACAGCAUGGUCAAGAAAGCAAUAUGAAGAUAAUAAAUGUUUUUUCUUGUCUUGGACAUUUUAAAAUAGCGCUAUAUAAUGUUAAUUAAGUCCCAUAAGGACUUUUUUUUAAGUACAAAACUAAAACCAUCAAGAUAGAGCGAAUAAGUUACCAUUUUUUUGUUUUUGUUGUUGUUGUUUUUUGUUUUUUGUUUUCACUCGGAGUCGACUGUUCAAGAGUGUACAGUACGCGGUUUACAGUGCACGGAAUAAGCCAGUGCCCCGUUGAAAAACUGGUGCGGACUACUCUUCUAAAAGGAUACGUCAUAUAUCCAAUUUUUUGUCAAUACGUACCCUUUAACAAUUUUAAAGUAACGUUGUUCACUAAAGUCCUCUGCUGAAACAAGCUAUAAAAAGGAUGGAAAUUACAAAGCCUUCCACAUGCAACGCACCUUACGCAACGCUCCUCCUAUCCCCUUGAGUUUUGUUUAUGGGAAGGUGAUGAGCGUUGUGAUAGAAGAGUCGUGGUGAAUAAAAGUAAUUCAGUGUAUACAAAUAAAUCUCUUAACUUUAAAUGGGUCUUUAUCGCAAGCGCUUUUUGUUGACAAUUUUUACAGCCAUCAUGCCAGAUGAUUUUUAGAUUUAAACUUUAUUGUGUACGUGUACAUAAGGUCUCAAAGUUCUUUGUCUAACUGUAUGGGUAGUCAUUCAAAUUGGGACCAUUGAAAUUGCUUGCUUUUGGUAACCGUUAUUUUGUUGUUACUUGUAAAUUUACAGCAGCUUGCAGAGCUCCGCUUUUUUAUUGCCUCACGCGGAAAGAAAAUCACGUUUCUUGGUGAAACAAAGAAAUUUAAUGGAAGACUUCUGCUCACUGGCUCAGUGGCUGAUAAAUAAAUGUUAAUUCUUUGUUUUAAGAAAACUGCAAAUAAUGAAGUUGUAAACUUUGGUCUUACAGAUGCAGUCACAGUGAUAAGGCAGGACAAGAGCUGUGUUACCUCUGCCACCAGCGUUCGCAGAAGAACAUUCCGGUUUACUUUGCUGAGGAGCGCCGCCAGCGUGAACUUGAGCAGGACCGUCUUUUGCAACAGUACCAGCAGCAGAAGGACACCGAAGCAAUUUCAAAAGAACAGGUACCUACAGAACUCAUCUAUCUGGUAAAAUCGUUUAAAGGACAAAAAGAAACUGUUAGACUGCAAUUGAUUUUUAUUCCUGUGGAAGUCGCUCUUUGCAAGGCAUGAAGCCCAAAGCGCUGGUGUGAAACUUUCGCGCGAAACGCGCAGCUGAACGCGUGAGCCUCGUGCGCCCGUAGCCCAAACCUUUCGGUGCAGCUGCUCAGUUUCUUCCGCUCUUUUUGUGAAUUAUCUGGCAAGUAAUAGAUUGUAUUC